ACACUUCACUGCUCCUCCGACUCACUCCCCAAUUCACAGCCUCGCCGCACUUUCCUUUUGCUGCAACUGAGUAUUCGAAGUCGACAUUAAUGGCGGCCGAAGCUUUACAUCCUUAUCGUCUCGGAUUUCCGCUCACAAUUUUCUUAUCUGUUUCAUGGAUUUUAAUUUUACCGCAAGCUUCGGCGAGCUCGAUUGGAAUCAACUACGGCCAGGUGGCUAACAACCUUCCUCCGCCGGAAAAAGUGGUGCCGCUAGUGAAAGCCGUCGGAGCCAGCAGGUUGAAGCUCUAUGACGCGGACCCUAAAGUGCUCAAAGCUUUCGCCAACACUAACGUGGAGUUCAUUGUGAGCAUUCCAAAUGAGGACUUGUCUAGAAUGAAAGAUCCAGCCAAGGCUCAGGAUUGGGUUAAGCAGAACGUGGAGGCGUAUCUUCCGGCAACCAGAAUCACCUGCAUCGCCGUCGGAAACGAAGUGCUCACACUAAACGACACCAAUCUCUCCGGCAACCUCCUCCCGGCGAUGCAGAGCAUCCACACCGCCCUGGUGAACCUCGACCUGGACCGCAAAGUCCGAGUCACCACCGCACAUUCACUCGCCGUGCUCGCGACUUCGUAUCCGCCGUCCGCCGGGGCGUUCCGGCGAGAUCUGAUAACUUACGUCUGUCAGAUCCUGGAUUUCCAUGUCAAAACCGGGUCACCUUUUCUGAUCAACGCGUAUCCGUAUUUCGCGUACAAGGCGAAUCCGAAGCAGGUUUCGCUCGAUUUCGUGCUGUUCCAGCCAAACCAGGGGAUUGUUGACCCCGUCUCCCAUCUCCACUACGAUAACAUGCUGUUCGCUCAGAUCGACGCGGUCCACUCGGCUCUGGGGACGCUAGGGUAUAAGAACGUGUGCGUCCAGAUCUCGGAGACAGGGUGGCCGUCCAAUGGCGACGCCGACGAGGCGGGAGCGACGCCGCAGAACGCGAGGAAGUACAACUGCAACCUCAUGAAUCUGAUGACUCAGAAGAAGGGGACUCCGAUGAGGCCGAACGACGACCUGAACAUCUACGUUUUCGCGAUGUUCAACGAGAACAUGAAGCCCGGCCCGGCUUCGGAGCGCAACUACGGGCUGUUCAAGCCCGACGGAACCCCCGCCUACUUUCUCGGAAUCACAAUCAGUUCAAACACUUCUACCAGUUCGACUCCUCCCGUAAAAACCCCUCCUGCUAUUACGCCGCCGUCACUGUCAGCUCCGCCGGGGACCUCCGAUUCGGGAUACCUGUCCAUUUCUUCAGAUUCGGCGAGAUGUACAGGAAUCGAGUUGAUUUUGCAGAUAGGAGGAUGGAUUAUUUUUGGAGAUCUGUUGAUGAGGACAUAGCUUAGCAAGGCCAUGUGGAAAAGGUGACAAUGGCCGGACGGGAGUUCAGCUUUUGGAACUCUGGUCGGUGGGUUUGCCUCUUUUGGAAUCAAUCAGUUGUCGACAGCGGAUUUUCUCCAUUAUUAGACUGUCCCUCCUCUCAUAAGCUUCUUCUUCCUCAGGGCUGUUGUACCAUUAUUAUUAGGUGUUGAGAGGAGGAGUGUAUUAUUUUUUGAGAUUAUUGUUAUUACUGCCUCCAUAACACUCAAUUUUUGUCUACUCAUAUGGUCAAUAAGAGUCAUUUUUAUUCCCAAAUUGUGACUGUUGGCUUUUUAUCAAAUUCAAAUUAAAGUUUUGCA